AUGAAUGACCCUGGGUUUGACCCCGUCAUCGCCGAAACGGCGAAUGAACUCGAAACCAGAACACGGAGCGGGUCCAAGAAACCAGAUGGGAGAGAAUCCGACGCAUACAUACAUUGGGCAUCCGCGGACAGACAGCUGGACCAGUUUCUGCAGCCCGCAACAUGGUGGUAUGCCAGCACUGAGAUUCCGCUGAUAGCGGCAACCUUUGGUCCCAUGGCCAAUGCCUUCAGCGUAUGCUCCCUCGCACAAAAAUGGACGGAGGUCGUUACCUCUGGGGAAGCCCCUUAUGCUGGAAAGGAUCUCGCCGACCCGGCUUGGGAGAUAGCUAUUAACGCCGUCUCGCUUGCUGCAGCGCUCUUUUCCAAUCUGUGCUUGUUGCUGACCAUGGCGCAAAAAUUUUCUUUCGACAUUGCGCUCCCUAUCGUCAUUCUCGGUUGGUAUACGGCUUCAGUGCUACUGAUUGUCAUCCUCUCCAUCGCUGCUCAUCAGGUGCAGUCGCCAGGGAAUGCAAGCCUGGGAAUGCAGAUGACAGAAGCGUAUUACUAUGGAUGUAUUGCUGCUGGUCUUUACUUCAUCCUUGCCAAUCUCUUGAUAAUCACAGCGUACGGAGCUGUGAAAGGCCAUUAUAGUCGAAAGUUUGACCUCAGCCAGAGCCAGAGGACUCUGAUGAUACAAACUGUCGGUUUCUUGGUUUAUAUACUUGCAGGAUCGGCCGUAUACUCACAUAUUGAAGGCUGGACUUUCUGCGACGCAGUGUGGUGGUCAGAUUUUACAAUACUUACUAUCGGUAUCGGCUAUCCUGCUCCAACCACACAUCUGGGCCGCGGCCUUUUGUUUCCGUAUGCAUUCGGCGGUGUUAUGAUAAUUGGUAUUGUGAUUGGGUCUAUCAGAUCCCUUGUCUUAGAACGAGGGAAGAACAAAAUGAGGAGUAGACUGCUUGAAAAGACCCGCAGCGCAUUUACUCAAGUAAUGGUCCAGUCAGAAGACCCCCGCAGCAGCAGUGGCUCUGGUGUGCUCAGACUCCUUCCAGUCCUUGGAGGCGAUACGGAGCUAAACCGUGAGGAACUUGCAAAACAAGAGUUCUAUGCAAUGCGCAAAGUAAGGCAACUUGCUCAUAUGGACCAUCGUUGGUUGUCUCUAUUCACUUCCGGGGUGGCUGUCGGGAUUCUAUGGUUCAUUGGAGCUGUCAUCUUUGAGUAUGCAGAGUCCACCCAGCAGUGGUCUUAUUUCGAGUCGUUGUACUAUACAUUUACUAGUCUGCUAACAAUCGGCUACGGUGACAUAUAUAAUAUCUCAAAUUGGGGACGAGCAUUCUUCGUAUUUUGGUCUCUACUUGCCGUGCCGGCUAUGACGAUUUUCAUCUCGAAUCUAGGCGACACUUUCAUUCGCCAAUUCCGAGACUUUGCAAACUUGAUUGGUGAACUGACGCUAUUACCUAGAGACAUGGGAUACCGUGAGCGCUUUAGACAAGUUUUCCAUGCCGAACUAUGGCCUUUCACUCUAAGUAGCCUUAAGUCUACAUCCAAGAGGGGAAACAUCAAUGAAGGUUUUAGCACACCGAUUGCACGAGGUGAAGAAGCGCUUGAGGAUGAACAGCUCAGGGAAGAACAAGGGGCAGGGAAACGCGGAGAUGUGGUUUGCGAGAAUAUUUACCUUCACCAAUAUCUUCUAAUGAAAGAGCUACGAGAAAUGGUCAAAUGGAUGAACACAACUCCUGCGAAAGAAUUCGAUUAUGAUGAAUGGGUUUACUUUUUGAAACUUUUGGGAGAAGACAAAGCUGUCGAAAAUGUUACUUCCGAGGGCCAUGCCAACGGCGGAAAUAACAGACCUAAAUGGAGCUGGAUCAGCCAUCGAAGUCCACUCCUGGGUGACAAGCCAGAAGCUGAGUGGCUACUCGAAGCAUUUGCGGAUAAGCUCGAGCGAGAACUGCGUCAACUUAGCGAUAAGUAUCGCGAAAGGGGUAGAAACAACAAAGAAUGA